AUGAUUGAAUCUAUCCCCGAGGGCCGGUAUGCAGUCGCGACCUCCGGCGCAAAGACCUACGCCUAUGGCUGCAUGACUCGCGUCGGCAUUAUCCCUCCGCCUGUCACCAUCACGGCCGACGACAAGCGCCUCAAGGCCGGCAAGCCCGCACCCGACCCCUUCCUCCUCGCCGCCAAAUGCCUCGGCUUUGACGCGAAGAAGUGCGUCGUCUUCGAGGAUUCGCCUUCGGGCAUUCGCGCGGGCGUUGCAUCAGGGGCGACCGUCAUUGCUGUGUGCACGAGCCACGAGCGCUCGAAAAUCGAGAAUUGUGGUGCGCACUUCAUCGUUGAGAAUAUGCAGAAGGUGCAUUGUGUUCCCUGCGAGGUCGACGGAGAACUGAAGCUGCAGUUCGUGAUUGAGCCGUGA